AUGAGCAUAUCUGCUUGUCAGAAUGAUCACGGGAGUUAUGCUCAUAAUGGCACUUCCGUCACUACCAAUGCAACUACGAAGGGUUCGAUAUGGCAUUCCAAUACGACAAACAAUUUUUUGGAAAAAUUUAGUUCACAACAUUCAAUUUCGACUAGAAGUAGUCUUUUGGAAACUUCUGGUUUGCAGCAUUCAGCCGUAUCGGAGUUUUCUCAGUCUCAGACUGAUUCGCUUCAUCUCGAUGUUCCUGUACAUGAAGAGCCCUUGGAAUCGAUUACCAGUGGAAAGAUGGGAUAUGAGGAGCAGAUAGAGAAAGCUCCACCAUCAACAAGCUCCGGAAUUAUUGACCGAUAUGAUUCAGGUGGAGAUGGAGAAAUUGAUAUCCAAAUCCGGAACGUUGUUUGUAAUUAUACACUUCCACUGCAUAUUGACUUGCAUCGCGUAGCUUUAAGUUCAGGCAAUGUCGCAUUUGAUCGAGGUCGAGGAGUCUUGUUGAAGCAGAAGAGGAACCCUUCGUGUUAUGUCAAAAUAUACAGCUCUGGAAAAAUUUAUAUUGUCGGGUGUCGUAGUGAAAGCGAAUGCAAGCGUGCUGCCAGAGGUGUUGGGCGCAUGGUCCAAAAAAGCAUGGGCAGGAUGAUGGACGUUGUACGAAUUCGGAAUUAUCGCGUUUGUAACGUUCUUGCAACUUGCAAAAUGCCUUUUGGUGUGAAAAUUGAAGAACUAGCGCAAAAAUAUCCAGACCGCUCUCAGUAUGAACCGGAAUUAUCAGUUGGCCUCGUAUGGCGUUCUACAAAUCCUCGAGCCACACUUCGAAUUCAUACGACAGGCAGCAUUACAGUUACCGGCGCUGUAUCGGAAAGUGAUGUAAUGAAAGCAAUUGAAGUGAUUUAUCCAAUUGUCAAGGAAUUUCGAUGCGCUUUGCGCUUGCGUAAUUCCACAAUUUCGAAGCCUUCACGUAAGAGGAAACAUGGGGCGUCUAGUAAUACUAACAAAAGAAUUCAUGCUAUACAGCCCAGUUUACAUGGAUUGCAGCGAUUUCCGGGCUCUUCCGGAGUUUUUGGGAAUCGGAUUUAUUUUAGUGAUGAAGAUGAUGAAGAAGAGGAUGAGUUUGAAGACGUCGUUUGA